AUGAACACCAUUGCUGCUGAAGAGAACAAUGAUUCUAUCAACUAUAUUGGAUUCAAUCAGGACUCGAAGUGAGAUAUUUCAUAAAAUAAAUCAACAAUUUGAUACUGUUACGGACUUGGGUUAACCCAAGCUGAUGAAUAGACAGAAUAAGAGAGAGGGUGGGAAUCAGAGUCAGCAUAAGACUCUGAGACCUGAUUAACUGUACGAGUGCGAUACUCUAGCUAACUACUGAUGAUGAGACUCUGCGUGACACUGAGUGAGGGUUCGUCCUCUAAAGGAGGGCGACAGAAAAUGAUGAAAUAUAAGUGAUGAUAAAACAUAACCUAGCGGGUCGAUCACAGCUAGAUCAAACUGGAAUUAUCAUACAUCUAGAACGACGCAACACAUACACUUCCAAUUUCAGGGUAAUUUGUGUCGGACACAAGGAUGGCUACAUGUUCUACAAGACGGUGGACAUCCUCGACAACGCGACACUCACCUAUGAAGGAGAGAAUCUGACCCGUAAGUUUUCACAGAAAGAUGGUAAUUGUUGAACUUCCCGAAAUGUUCAGAUCUCGGGCUCAAUAACUGUCUGCUCGUGGAGCGCCUUUUCUCGUCGGCGCUGAUGGUGGUGAUCUCGCAGAAGGAUCCGAGAGUCCUGCACGUUUAUCACUUCACCAGCCGCAACAUCAUCUGUGACCACCGCUUCAACAAAUCCGUCCUCACAGUGAGACUGAACAGAGACGUAAGUUCCACCUGGUCAAUCAGUAAUAUAAUUGGUCGCCGACAGAGGAGAUUAGUAAUAUAAUUGGUGGUCUACAGAGAAUCGUCGUGUGCCUGGAAGACUGCAUCUAUAUUUACAACCUGAAGGACAUGAAAAUGAUGCACAACAUUAUGGACACCCCGAUGAACAAGCUCGGAGUCCUGGACCUCACGAGCAAUGCCGGCAACGCGGUCAUCGCGUUUCCGGGAAGCACAGACACAGGAUCUGUGCACCUGUUCGAUGCGAUCAAUCUGUCCUCGGUGAACACGUUCGUGGCUCACGAGGGAACUCUCGCCUGCCUGAAGUUCAACCAGGAAGGAACGAUGAUCGCCACUGCCAGCACGAAGGGAACCGUCAUCCGCGUCUACUCGGUGCCCAAUGGAAGCCGUCUUUUCGAGUUUCGACGCGGAGUCUCUCGCUGUGUGACCAUCUAUUCUCUGUGCUUCUCCGCGGACUCCAAGUACCUUUCCUCGUCAUCGAACACUGAAACAGUGCAUGUUUUCAAGCUCGAAAAGACUGACAGCGCCGACACAAAACAGUUAGUUUCCAUUCAUUAGCAGUCUUUUAUUUCAUUCACUUUGCAGAGAAUCCUCGAGUGAAGGUGGAGGCUGGUUCGACACCAUCAACAAGACUUUGUCGGCUUACAUGCCGUCGCAAGUCCUGCAAGUGAGUGAGCUGAUGACGACGGAGCGAAGCUUCGCCACCGCCAAACUUCCAGGCGCCACGAGAAGCAAUCAAGUCUCACUUGUCACGUAAGUACUCACAUCCGUAUAGCGAAGUCUCAAAGCAAUCGUUUAUUUCAGUCACAAGAACCAGCAAUACGUGAUGGCCGCCACUUCCGACGGCUUCGUGUACGCGUACCGUCUGGAUCCAGAAGGCGGAGAACUCGAUCUCAUCAAGCAGCACCGCAUCGGACCCAAAUCGGACACUUGCCGUGUCAGCCCGACUUCCACAAGCGGAGGAUCGAGCGGAGCGAACAGUUUGGAACCAAAAAGUAGUGACGACGCGAAAAGUGAUAGAUUUGUGUGAUCAAGUGUCCAUUUAGACCAAGUGGUUCCGAACAUGGAUGACCCGGACGACUUCCCACCGAUGAGCCAUACGAGCGGCUGA